AUGGCCUACAAUUUCGAUAUCCAGUAUCGAUCCACAUCUGCUCAUGGUAACGCAGAUGCUCUUUCACGCCUUCCAGUGGGUACAGAUCCAGACUUCGACAAAGAAGAGGAAGCUUGCCUCACUGUAGUCGAAGUGUCACCACCGAUAAAUUCCGAGCUCAUUCGCAACCACAUGGACAAAGACAAAGUUCUCAAGCAGGUCCUGCAGAACGUAUCUGUGGGAUGGCCAGAAAAACUCCAGCCAUGCAACGAAGCCCUUUUGCCUUACUUUAACCGAAAGUUUGCUCUCACAAUCAACAAACAAUUGCUUUGCUUACACAAAGCAGCAAAUCGUAUUAUAAUUCCAGCCGGUCUACGUGCUCAUAUCUUAAAACUCUUACAUGAAGGACAUUGGGGCAUGGUUCGAAUGAAGCAGUUGGCAAGACAACAUGUUAGGUGGCCUACCAUAGAGGAUGACAUUAGAAGCCUUGCCCAGUCUUGCAGCAUCUGCAAGUGCAACAAUCCUGCACCACCAAGAGAGUACCAAAGUUGGCCAGCAGCAACAACAGCAUGGGAGCGAAUUCAUAUCGACUUCGCCGGUUCAAUCUUUGACGCUAUGUGGCUCAUAUGCGUAGACGCGUACUCACAGUUCCCAUUUGUCAUCCAAAUGUCGUCUACAACAAGCGCCAACACGAUCGCUGCACUGUCUUCCAUUUUCGCCAUCGAAGGAUACCCGAAAACCAUGGUUAGCGACAACGGUCCUCAGCUUACAGCUGACGCCUUCGAAGAAUUCUGCAAACUGCACGGUAUAACGUAUAUUACCACAGCACCGUUUCAUCCAGCAUCUAAAGGAUUAGCAGAGCGAUUUUUACAGUCGUUGAAAUUCGCAGUCAAGAAGAACCUCAAAGACGGAAUCAACCUCAACCUGUCACUGGAGGCACUUUCCAACACACUUCAACCCGGUCGAUAUAUACUCCUCAAUCGCUAUUUCCGAAACACGAGGCUAACUUUUGAAGAGCUAGCCACGGCAGAUGCUGACGAUGCUGUCCUAGCCCCACUCACGCCUGGACCCUUCUUGGUGGGCUACGAACUUCGACCAUUGCCGGAAUUCCCACCAGCCGACGAAUAUCUCGACAAUCUGGAUCGCUGA